AUGAGUAUUCUUACUCGCACACCAAACACUUCCCGAGAACGUUCUCUUUCCUCUCUUUCACAAAAUUCACAAAAUUAUGGAUCUAUUGGAAGUCAAGAUGAUUCGAAUGUGUUUCAUUCCAUUCCGGUUGUUAAUGAUGAUGACAAUAACAAACAAAUUAUUUCACAUCAUUUGAAUGCUCCGAUUAAUCAUUAUGCGGUUCAAAGUAUGAUGGAUGACAGACGACAGAUGAGUCGUGGAUCGAGUAUUAAUAAUAAUAAUGAAUAUUAUGUGUAUCAUUCGAAAGAUAAUGCAAAAAAUGGAAUGAAAUCACGAAAUCCAAUGGUGAAAGUUUUGUCCUUCUUUUACACCUUGACUAGCAAUAUUGGAAUUGUUUUGACAUUUGGCAGUUUGUUAAGAUUUCCAUACAUUUCACACAAAUUUCAUGGAGGUGCCUUCAUCAUUCCAUAUUUUCUCUUAUUAGCAAUUAUUGGACUGCCUUUAAUUAUUCUCGAUUACUCACUUGGUUACAUUUCUGGAAAGAAUUUUUUGUUUUCAUUGGCGAGAUGGAAUCGACGAUCGAGUGGAAUUGGAAUGGCCUCAUGCAUUCUUGGAAGCGUGAUUAUUUCAUCGUAUUAUUCUGUAAUUACUUCAUGGCUUGGAGUUUAUUUUGGAAAUAUAUUUUCAGAUCCCAUGCCUUGGUCUGGAACUCCUGAACAUUUUUUCAAAUCUCAAAUUUUAAAAAUUAGUACCAACUGGUAUGACAUGAGUGGAUUUCUUUCGUGGCCUGUCUUGGUCGCUCUCGCUUCCUUUUGGUUUCUAAGUUAUUGGUUUCUAUUUUUGGAAUCUGUCAGUAAGAUUGUGAGAUGGUUUGCAGCUGUGUUUAGUUCCAUCUAUGUCUUGAUGUUAUUAGUGAUUUUGAUUCGAGUCUUGUUUGAAGUUGGAUCUGGAAUUGGAAUUUUACAAUUUUUAAAACCAGAUUGGAUGUUAUUGGCCAAGGGUGAUUUAUGGUUAGGUGCAUUUGGUCAAAUAUGUUUUACCUAUGGAAUUUCCAAUGGUUAUCUUACCAUGUAUUCCUCUCAAUUCAAAAAUGGAAAUAAGGACAUUGUUCUCAACUCUUUCAUGAUACUCUUUGCAGGAAUUCUCGUUUCAGUCAUUAGUGGAGUUUCUUACUAUGCCGUUUUAGGUUAUUUAGCUGUCACUAGCAAAACUCCAGAUGAAAUCAAUUCUCAUUUUCAUGCUGGAAUUGGUUCUCCAAUUUUUGUCAUGAUCGAAGCAGCAACGAAUCUUUUCCCAAUUCCACACAUGUUCACAGUGAUUUUAAUAUUUUCAUUGAUUUUUGUGGGUUUUAAUAGCACACUCUAUUUUUCAGAAGCUUUGAUUGAUUGUGUGAAAAAUUUAAUUCCACGAAGAAAUACUCGACGAUUUGUCAUUACAUUUGUGGUGUGUGGAAUUUCAUUUUUCUUUGGAAUUCCAUUUACAUUAUCGAAUGGUUAUUAUAUUUUGGAAAUUGUGGAUCAUUAUGUUGGAAAUUAUGGAAUGGGAUUGAUUGCCUUAAUGGAAUGUCUCGUUAUUGGAUACUUUUCAUCGAAUCCAGAAGGAGGAGCCAUCAAAAUUUCACCUCUCAUGAAUAACCAAAAUGGAAUAGACCAUGUAUCAUCGAAUCGUCUUCAACCAAACUCGGAAUCUUCAUUGACACUUUUCAAAUUUAUUCGAAAACGAUUUUCCAAAUUCUCUCAACACAAAUCUUGGAAUAAUUUUAAGGGAAUUAUUUGCUUUUCAGUGGAUUCAUUCCGAGAGAGAAUUGAACGAGACACAACCAUUGGUCCAUUUCUCAUUUGGAGUCUUGUUGUGAAAUAUUUAACACCUCUCAGUUUAUUUGUAUUUUUAAUUUGGAAUUUAGUAACAGAAUCCAUUCAUCCAUUUUCAACAUUUAAGGAUCCAUCCAAAUAUGAUGUCUUGUCUCUUGUAUUGGGCUGGCUUUUGGUGUUGUCAUGUCUUGUUAUUUUUGCAAUUUUUGCAAUUUGGCCGUCUGUGGAAGAAAAUGAAGAAGUUGGAGGUGAUGACAUGAAAGAAUUUGUGAGUUCCUUUUCGAAGGAGGAUUUAAAACAACCAUUGAAUAUUAAUUCUGGAGAAGACUCGACGGAGGCAUUGGCUGCUGCAGCUAUUGAUGAAGAUCAAGUGUGA